AUGGAGCUCAGCUGCCUUCUGCUUCUGGGGCUGCUAGGAUUGAGCCAGCUCACUGACGUCACCGAUGGCUUUGCCACUCUCAAUGACACCACCUGCAUCCCCAACUCCCAGCCGUGGCAAGUGGGACUGUUUGAAGGCACGGAGCUUCUGUGUGGGGGUGUCUUAAUCGCCCCCCACUGGGUGCUCACAGCAGCCCACUGCAAUCGCAAGAGAUACUGGGUACGUCUUGGGGACCACAGCCUUCGGAAUGUGGACUGGACGGAGCAGAUCCGACUGACCGGGCGCUCCGUGACCCACCCCGGCUUCCGUGCCCAACCAGGCAGCCUCGACCAUGACCUGCGUCUCCUGUACCUCCCCUUCCCUGCCCGCGUCACACGCGCCGUUAAACCCCUGGCUCUGCCCACUGCUUGCAUCACACCUGGGACGCUGUGUCAAGUAUCUGGCUGGGCCAUAACCAGUUCCCUCAAAUACCCAGACAAACUUCAGUGUCUGUCCUUGAGAAUCACUCCAGAUGACAACUGCCAGACCGUGUUCCCCGGGAGGAUUACGGAGAAUAUGGUGUGUGCAGGAGGUGAUGCUGGGAAGGAUGCUUGUCAGGGGGACUCAGGAGGCCCACUGGUAUGUGACGGCGUCCUGCAAGGCCUGGUGUCAUGGGGUGCUGUGGGUCCCUGUAGCCAAUCAGGAAUCCCGGGAGUUUACACUAAGAUCUGCAAGUAUACAGACUGGUUAAGGGAGACAAUGAGGAGGAAAUGAACUGGUCUUUUCUGACCUUCAUCUCACCUUCUACUCCCACCCAUAAACCUUCUC